GGCCACGGUUUCCACUCUGUCGUCGACGAGAACGACGGAGACCUCCUGCGCCGACUACGUGCCGGAGAGCGAGGACAAGUGGUACGACCCACUGGGGGCGCUGUACGACUGCGCGUGGUAUGCCCUCGACGGCGGCGAGCACUGCGGCGCGUUCGCCUCGGUCCAGGACCCGACCUUUGGCAGGACCGCCAACGAGGCCUGCUGCGUGUGCGGUGGUGGAGUCCACUACUCGGUGACCACCACUUCCACCUUGUCAACGACUACCGAGUGCUUCGAUUGGCAACCGUCCCCUCAGGAGGACUGGUACGACGGGGAUGGCAGCACUUGCAGAUACUACGAGCGGGAACUGCUUGUCAGGGCUACCUGCUCCGAAUCCAAAAACUUCGGGAUGAUUGCCGACCAGGCCUGCUGCGUCUGCGGCGGCGGGGUGGGCAGGACCGUCACCGAGACCUCCCCCACCCAGCAACCUCCAGCACCACCCUGUCGGCCACCGCCUCGUCCACCACCCGCACGCAGACGGUGCCGCCAGCGGGCUACAUCGCGACGACCGUGCUGGUGAGUCCAGUGCUGGCAGGAGCAUCGGAGUUGGCAGUUGAGUCUGAGGAGGCCCACUCUGUAGGGGACAUCAUCAUGAUCGCUGGUGGUGGCAAUGCGGAGACACGUGGUAUCGCGAGUUUCGGGUCCAUCGUGUUGGACCCCUCCUCCGAACCGUUGGACCACGGAUACCCCGCGGGCUCCAGCCUGUACCGCUACACCGAGCCGGGCGACGCCGUCGAGGAUGCCUCGGCCAGCGGCCUGGCCUUCGCCCUCGUCCUCGGCCUGGUCGCCGUCGGCGUGGUGGUCGCUUGGGCUGGCGGGCUCUUGCUCCUGAAGUUUGGUUAUGGCUACCACUUCAGGGCGCCCAAGACACAUCCCAAAGCCACAGGCCACGAUCCACCGCGGGCGCCUCGAGGCCGUGCAGGCGCGCGCCAGCGCCGGAGGGCCGAGGGGAGGCCACGAUCCACCGCGGGCGCCUCGAGGCCGUGCAGGGAGAGAGGACCUCAUAUUCGACAUGGACGAUCCACCCGCGGUGUGACCGCCGAGGGCCAGCGGCGCCGUCAACGUCAAAGCCGUUCAUCUAGCGCCCUGCUGCUGCAGCCCAUCCCAUCAGCUUGUAGAACAGUAGUUUCUAGGUGUUUUUUGUUGUUGCGCUGGCGCGUUUGUCCGCGCGCCGAUGUCUGGAGCCGACGCCCUGCGGGUUCCACAGCAGGACCGGGGCGGCUGUGGCUUCUUGCUUCUUGCCUUCAGGGCAGGACCCGGGGCGGCCGUGGUUGCUGGCUUCUCGCCUGCUCCCGGCACGUCUGGAUCUCAUGGCCUCCACCGCUCGGCCGCGCGCACGAGGUGCUCAUCUAGCUGCAGAUUUGCGUCGGGUUCUGCACCCCAGCCGGCGUUGCAGGAGUCUGGCCUGCAGGGGUCGGGUGCACACGUGGUGGUGUAUUCUAAGCCUCUCUCUCAGCAGAACAGGAGGGCUUCGAAGAAACCCCCUGCCUCCUUAAAUCACCUUCUGCACGCCGCCUUUGUGCCCUCAUGCCUCCGCCAUCCGCGCCCCCCCCUCAGUAGGGACUGCGCACCUGCACCAACUUGUCCACACAUCCGUUGGCUGCCGGUCCAAUUCGCACGAACGAUGCGUAAGCAUGACGAGUAUGGAGCGGGGGGCCCACGUCGACGCGUGAUUCUCGUGGGUGUCUCGGCAUCUGUGGACCAGCGCCUCUGGAGCCCUGCACCCUGCAGAUCACUGCAGCCAGGACGCUGAAGCAAGGGCCACCUUGGGCUCGGAGGUUGAUGCGGUGUCAAACACCUUCGCGCGUGCCGACGCACGAACCUACCGUACAUGUCUCGGCGAUCUUUUCAUUUGUGCCCUAUCGUUCCAGCCAUCAGGCAAUAUCGGCAUUUGGUGCCCGCACGUGCUCUUGACGGACUGGCGAUUCAGUGUUCUCUGCGGCAACUGCGCAGGAAUAGCACCACUUGCGCUCGUCGUGCUCCUCGAUGCUGGACGUGAGACUCGUUACAUGCCAUUUUUCCGCGGACUGUGUGGAUCCUGGGGAGGCACUGGUGGUCCUCAAUGCCUCCCCAAUGGGGGGGGCUGCUCGCGAUACGUCGCUCCCCCGUGUUUUCUUUCCACUUGCCUCAAUGGCGGUCUACGGGCUGCUCGAUUCGGCGGUUUGUGGCCUCAGCGCUGUGCAGUGCGCAGUUUUUUUUUUGUCUCUGCUGAAUUCCUGUAUGCACAGGAGGCGUAUGUCGAGCCCCUGAGUCGGAGGAGUGUCAGCAGGGCGUGUCAGCGUGCUCUAGCUUCUCUGACCGACAGACUGUGGUAAUGUUGCAGUGAUCGAAA